AUGGAUGUUUUACCAGCAUACCCCAAUACUCAGGAGAUGGACAAGAAGGAGGAUGAAUACGAUGCGGAUGCUGAAAAGAGGGAUAUCAUGGCUGGUCAAGUUCAGGAUGCAUUCGGAAGUGAAGAGGACGCUGAGAUCAAGUACAAGACCUUGAACUGGUGGUAUGUAGUUAUGAUUUGUGAAUCUGUUUCCCUGGGUGUGUUGUCUCUGCCAGCGGCCGUGGCUACCUUGGGUCUCGUCCCAGGUGUUAUCUUGAUUGUUGGUCUCGGCCUUCUCGCCUUGUACACGGGCUACAAUAUUGGAUUAUUUCGCGAGCGGUAUCCUCAUAUUCAGAGUCUGGCAGAUGCCGGAGAAAUCCUGCUCGGCCGCUUUGGGCGUGAGCUCUUCGGUCUAGGUCAAUUUCUGUUUUGCAUUUUUGUCAUGGGAAGCCAUAUUUUGACCUUCCGUGUCAUGAUGAACACCAUCACUGAGCAUGGCACCUGUUCGAUCGUCUUUAGUGUGGUAGGUAUGCUCAUUUCGAUGGUGCUGUCUAUCCCGCGAACGAUGAAAGGAAUGACGUGGGUUUCAUUCGCCUCGUUCCUCAGUAUUUUCGGUGCUGUCAUGAUUACCAUGAUCUCUGUGGCCGUGCAGGAUCACCCUGCCCGGGUCAUUAAUGCCACGGUAGAGACGAAUCUCUACACGGGGUUCCAGGCAGUGUCCAAUAUCGUCUUUGCCUACUGCGCCCAUGUAGCCUUCUUUGGUCUGAUCGCUGAAAUGGAGAAUCCUAAGGAUUUCAACAAGUCCUUACUCAUGUUGCAGUCAUUUGAGAUCUGCUUGUACCUCACUGCCGCUGUUGUCAUCUACUACUAUGUUGGCACCGACGUUCAUUCUCCUGCCUUGACCUCCGCUGGACCAGUGAUGAAAAAGGUUGCCUACGGCAUUGCUAUUCCAACGAUUGUGGGUGCAGGUGUUGUAAAUGGCCACAUCGGUCUGAAGUAUAUUUAUUUCCGGGCGUGCCGCAAGUCAGACCUACUGCACAGUCGCAGCUGGAAGUCCGUCGGCAUCUGGCUCGCGCUAGGCUUGACCUGUUGGGUUGUGGCGUGGAUCAUUUCUGAGGGUAUUCCCGUCUUCAGCAAUCUAAACAGCCUGAUUAGCGCCCUCUUCGCCAGCUGGUUCAGUUAUGGGCUGAGUGGAAUUUACUGGUUGCAUUUGAACUAUGGCCAAUGGUUUUCCAGCCCAAGUAAAAUUUUGUUGACUAUGCUCAACAUUGGAAUUGCACUGAUUGGACUUAUCCUAUGUGUACUGGGUUUAUAUGCCUCUGGGACUGCUAUUCAUAAUGAUGCAAGCAGUAGCGUUUUUACCUGCGCCAACACUGAUACUUAG